UCUUUGCAGCUCCCACGGGUUGUGUUGUCAACUUGUCAUCUCAUCGGGCGUUCAAUUCAUCCACCCCAAAGUUAGAAAAGCCCUAAUCGACUUCGAGUUCGGCCCCAAAUUCCCGAGACCAAAACAAUCCCUGUGAUUUCCGACUAUUUCCAUCGAUCCUUCGAGAAGCUCCGUCCAUCCUAAGAGAGGCUUCAUUGUUGUGCGCAGGGGAGGGGAGGGGCGGGGCGGGGCGGGGGAGCCCUCAUCGCAAUCCCAAACUAUGGCUGCUAAGAUUCUUGCCAACUUGAUUGUUAUGGGUGGUGGUAUUUUAGCUCGGGCAUUUGUUCAAGCUUAUCGACAGGCGCUUGCCAAUGCCUCAAAAAAUGGCACCGCACAAGAAGCAAUGCAGAACACUAUCCAUAGAGCAAGCAAGGCCAUGACAGAGCAAGAGGCUAGGCAGAUUCUUGGUGUCUCAGAGGGGACUGCUUGGGAAGAGAUACUGAAGAAAUACGAUGUGCUGUUUGAGAGGAACACUAAGAACGGGAGCUUCUACCUUCAGUCAAAGGUUCACAGAGCCAAGGAAUGUUUAGACGCCGUCUAUAAAGGGAAAGGGGGAAGUGCUCCGAGUUGAGGAUUUUCGUGACAGCAGUCUUCGUUCGUUUUUUCUCCUCACCCUCUUGAGAGGAUUAUUAUUACUUGAACUUGUGCUAUAUUGAUUUGAUAAGUGGGCCUUGAAAGUAUUAAGGAACUGUCUGGGUCUCUGUCAGUUAAUUGUUCAUGUGAAUGUGAUGCAGUUUUAAUUUUAGCAGCAGUUUUGGUAGUCUUCGAAAUAAUAAAGCCCUUGAAACUUGGCCCGUAA